UAAAAUUGGAAUUGAGAUAGAAAUUUUGGGGGAAAAAUGACAUCUUGAAAAUUGAAAGCGUUUUCUCUCUCGACUCUCACUUCUUCCAAGCCGCCGUCGCCGUAAUCUCGCCACCGCCGCUCAACCCGGCCAUCCGCAGCCUUUUAACUGUAGCUGCUUAAAGCACUUCCCGGCAGUGACGCACACAACCGCCGAUCCGGGUUUGGAGGUAAAGAUGAGAGUAGUUCAUAAGUUUUUUGUUGCGUCACUGUUCAUGUGGGCAAUUCCUAUUGCAAUAUUAUAUGCUUUCAACAAUAAUUUGCUUCCUGGAGUAUCCAACUUGUCCCCUUACUCUAUGACCCUAGUGAGCGGCUUUCUAGCUGUCAUAUCUGUUAACAUCGUCAUUGCAUUUUACAUAUAUUUGGCAAUGAGAGAACCAGCAGAUAAACACGAGCCUGAUCCCAGAUUUCUUGCUGAGGCCAAAGCUAGUAUAAACCAGUCUACUGGAGAUGCUCAACAAUCGUCACAGCCUCUCAAGAAACAACAGUAGGUUGGUGUUCUUAGAUUUCUUUGUGGUGCUCGUGAGUUGUUCAUCUCCAGAAGGAGAGGGGAGAGCGGGGAUGAAGGUUAAAGGUCCGGAAUUGUGUGCUGAUCAUUCUUCUGUUAUGAAGUUUGCACAUGAUCCAUUUUGUGCACGACUUAUGUUAACAAUAUGUUAGUUUUGUAUCAUUUUAUUUAUAUAUAUUCUAGUUACUUUUAGUUCAGAAUAUUUUUCUUUAGUUUUUCUUGGAAAAAAUUAUAUAUGAAUGGUUUCGAAAGAAUAGUGGAGACCGAAGAACAAUAGGUAUGUAUGAUUUAUGUCAUCAAUUAGUGACUCUAACAUAGUAACAUAUGGUUUCUCUCUUCGAUAA